GCACGGCGAGCAGGACCGGCCGCUGGUCGCUGGGAACAAUCGUCACUGGGGCACGCGGCGGCGGCGGCGGCAGCUGGUCCCGGCCCGCGGCACGAGCUUCUCAAGCGGCAGCAGCGCCGUGUGCCCGGCCGGGGGCAGCCGGCACCGGUUGGAGAGCAACGGUUGAAGUUUUACUGUAAAGCACUGUAUAUCAAAGGCAGAGUCAGUGCAGCAGUGCUGAGUUGUUCCACCAGUUUGCUACCUUAGAAGACAACAGCACGUGUAAAACAUAACUCUAUGGUUUCCUCUGUCUUCAGCUGAAGACAUCGCUAAUUGAGGUUUUGCUCUUAGCUGUUCUUCACAGGAGAGUGUUCUCAGAUUUUCAUGGAUCUCAAUAGUGCUAGCACUAUUGUUUUGCAAGUCUUGACCCAAGCUACUAGUCAAGAUACAGCGGUGUUGAAGCCAGCUGAGGAACAACUGAAGCAGUGGGAAACACAGCCAGGUUUUUAUUCAGUCCUGUUGAAUAUCUUUACGAAUCAUUCAUUGGAUGUGAAUGUAAGAUGGUUAGCCGUGCUGUACUUUAAAAAUGGAAUUGAUCGCUACUGGAGACGGGUUGCACCACAUGCUCUUUCUGAAGAAGAAAAAACUACAUUGCGUGCCGGACUUAUUGCCAACUUUAAUGAGCCAGUGAAUCAGAUAGCAACUCAGAUCUCCGUAUUAAUUGCUAAAGUUGCCAGAGUGGACUGCCCAAGGCAAUGGCCAGAACUUAUACCCACUCUUCUAGAAUCUGUGAAGGUCCAAGAUGAUCUUCAACAGCACAGAGCUCUACUUACCUUAUACCAUGUUACGAAGACCCUGGCAUCCAAACGGCUGGCUGCAGAUAGAAAGCUUUUCUAUGAUCUUACAUCAGGCAUUUAUAGUUUUGCAUGUUCCUUGUGGAAUCAUCAUACGGAUACGUUUCUCCAGCAAAUUUGUACAGGGAAUGAAACUGGAGCCACAAAUUCACUAGAAAGAACCUUGUUGUCAUUGAAAGUGCUUCGUAAACUGACUGUCCAUGGGUUUGUAGAGCCUCACUGGAAUGCAGAGGUGAUGGGCUUUCUACAUGCAGUAUUUGAACGGCUAAAACAAUUUCUGGAGUGUAGUAGAAGUAUAAGAGCAGAAAACUUAUGCAGAGAUCGUGUAGAGAAGACUAUAAUUCUCUUCACUAAAGUGCUUUUGGACUUCCUGGAUCAACAUCCUUUUUCAUUCACCUCUUUGAUUCAGAGGUCAUUGGAGUUUGCUGUAAGCUACGUUUUCACGGAGGCCGGUGAAGGAAUUGUAUUUGAGCAGUUUAUUGUACAAUGCAUGAAUCUGAUUAAGAUGAUUGUAAAAAAUUAUGCAUACAAGCCAUCCAAAAAUAUUGAAGAUAGCAGUCCUGAAACUCUUGAAGCUCAUAAGAUAAAGGCUGCUUUUUUCACAUAUCCAACAUUAAUGGAAAUAUGUAGGAGAUUAGUCACUCACUACUUCUUGCUGACAAAAGAAGAAUUAACCAUGUGGGAAGAGGAUCCAGAAGGCUUCACUGUAGAGGAGACGGGAGGAGAUUCAUGGAAGUAUAGUCUCAGACCAUGCACGGAAGUUCUUUUUAUUGAUAUUUUCCAUGAAUAUAACCAGACUCUUGCCCCUGUGCUUUUAGAAAUGGUUCACAGUCUACAAGGAUCUACCAAUAUUGAGGAUACCAAUGCUAUAUUGAUUAAAGAUGCUGUGUAUAAUGCGGUUGGAUUGGCUGCUUAUGAACUCUUUGAUAGUGUGGAUUUUGAUCAGUGGUUUAAAAAUCAACUACUGGCAGAACUACAGGUUUCUCAUAACAGAUAUAAGCCAAUACGUCGACGAGUAAUUUGGCUGAUUGGGCAGUGGAUUUCUGUAAAAUUUAAAUCAGACUUGAGACCUGUGUUAUAUCAGACAAUUUGUAACUUACUUCAAGACCAGGACUUAGUGGUCCGUAUUGAGACAGCUACGACACUGAAGCUAACCGUAGAUGACUUUGAGUUCAGAACUGACCAGUUCUUACCGUAUCUGGAAUCCAUGUUUACACUGCUCUUUAAACUACUUCAGGAAGUAACAGAAUGUGACACCAAAAUGCAUGUUCUUCAUGUUCUGUCUUGUGUGAUUGAAAGAGUCAACAUACAGAUACAGCCAUAUGUAGGAUGCUUGGUUCAGUAUUUACCACUCCUUUGGAAACAGAGUGAGGAGCACAAUAUGCUGCGAUGUGCCAUUCUAACCACCCUAGUCCAUCUUGUCCAGGGACUCGGAGCGGACAGCAAAAAUCUCUAUCCUUUUCUACUUCCAGUUAUUCAGCUAAGUACUGAUGUUACUCAGCCUCCGCACGUCUAUCUUCUGGAAGAUGGUUUAGAGUUGUGGUUAGUGACAUUGGAGAAUAGUCCAUGUCUUACACCUGAGCUCCUGAGAAUAUUUCAGAACAUGCCUGCCCUUCUUGAGCUGAGUUCAGAAAACCUCAAGAAUUGCUUUAAGAUCAUCAAUGCUUAUAUUUUCUUAUCAUCAUCAGAAUUUUUACAGAUGUAUGCUUCAGUCUUAUGCCAGUCAUUUUGUAGCCUUUUGAAGGACAUAACUACUGAAGGUCAAGUUCAAGUUUUGAAGGUUGUGGAAAAUGUCCUAAAAGUAAACCCUGUUUUGGGUCCUCAAAUGUUUCAACCACUUCUCCCAUCAAUAUUCAGGGGCAUUAUAGAUGGGGAGAGAUACCCAGUGGUCAUGUCUACUUACCUGGGCAUCAUGGGUAGAGUUCUACUGCAAAAUACAAGGUUUUUUUCAUUACUUCUGAGCGAGAUGGCACAUGAAUUGUGUCAGGAGUCAGAUCAGAUUCUUGGUAACAUGAUUGAAAUGUGGGUUGAUCGGAUGGAUAACAUCACACAGCCAGAAAGAAGGAAACUUUCUGCUUUGGCACUGCUUUCGCUUCUGCCAUCGUUGAAUACUGUUAUCCAAGAUAAAUUUUGCGGUAUCAUCAACAUUUCAGUAGAAGGGCUGCAUGAUGUUAUGACUGAAGAUGCUGAAGCAGGAACAUACAAAGACUGCAUGUUGAUGGCUCAUUUUGAGCAGCCCAAAGUUACAGAUGAUGAGGAACCUCCCACAGAACAAGACAAAAGGAAAAAGCUGCUUGCAUUGAAGGACCCUGUUCACACUGUGUCAUUGCAGCAGUUCAUCUAUGAGAAGCUGAAGGCACAGCAGGAACUACUGGGAGAACAAGGUUUUCAGGCACUUAUGGAAACCGUGGAUACAGAAAUAGUUGCACAGCUACAGGAAUUUUUACAAGGCUUCUAAAUAAGCAGAAACAAGAUUUUGUAUGUGCCGUUUUCCUUUCAGAAGAAUUUGAAAGAACUCUAGCCUUUCAUUGUGCAUGGAAGAGCCUACUGAAAGCUGAAAAGAAUUUGUGUUAAAAGAUAAAUUUCUGUUGUUGCUAUUCAGCUAACUUUGAUAAUGCUUUGUUAUUUUUUAAUAAUGGACUUAUGGUUUUAUCAUCAAAGCAACACUUCCAUGAUACCUACAUGGUAUAUACUGUCCUAAUAGUACCUUUUUUUGGUACCAUUACUGGGUUUUGGUUCACGAAGCUAUGUCAUAAAGUCAGAGGUCUGAAAGAACUUAGUAAUAUAUAUUAAUAAGAGGUGUCUAUUAAUCCAGCAAUAUAAUUCAAUAUUAGGAGCUGCUUGUCUUGAUACUGUAUACCUAUAACUGUCUUCCUACUGUAAUUUCUUGGCUGUACACUGAAUCAUCAUACAAGCAGAAAGAAUGGGGAAAUGUAGUUAAGACUGUGAGUAGAAACAUUACUUCUUAGCAGAAUGUUAAUUCCUGUUUGAGUUGUAUCAGAGAAAAAGAAGCUUUGAUUGUAAUGCUUAAAUUGUAUUUGAAGAGGUGUUAGAGAAUAUCAAUGUGUAUCUCUGUCUGAAGAUGUUUUCAUUUUAUCACCAGUUUCUUGAUUUCUGUUAUGAAAAAAUUCUUGCUUUCUUGAGUUCUUUUUGUCUCACUUUUAGCUGUCAUAACACAGAGAAACUUAACAGAGGUAGAUGAGUAAUUAAUUCCAAUUAGUUCUCUGCUAUACCUGGGCUACUUAAAAUUGCAGUUCUCUGGUAUCUCAAUUCUUUUCUUUUUUUUUUUUUUCAUGAAAGGCAUAUCAUGGAUACCUGUUACUGAAAAGUUUGAGCCCAGGUGGUCACAACUGAAAUAAUUGUUUGCAAAUGUGAGUCUCACUUUGAGUUUUAAUUGUUAUCUGGGCAGCUGCAGGAAUGACAGGGUAAAGAUGCUGCUCUCUAUAUUCCUUAGUCUUUUUUUUCCAUUGUCAGUAAGAGGGGUGAGAGAAGACUCUCUGAGAUUUUUGUUUUAAAUUCUGAUCUUCCAUCUUUAAAGUUGAAGUGAAUUUUGUUUGCUUCGCUAAGGGAUUUCCCCCAUCUGCUCCGAAGGGGAUCAGCUAUUUAAAGACACUUGCAUACUUUUGAUUACUUUACCAGAUGCUUUUAAAAAGCAGAGCCUUUUUCUUCACUGAGCAUAUGGGGAGUAAUUUUGUUUGAAACUUUCCCUGUGCUUUCAGAGGAAGCCAGACCAUUGCAACCUUCUUUGGCUUCAGUGGCAGAGGCUGCUGGGGCUCUUACACCUCUGAAUGCAAAAUCUUCCCUGUACACAGCUGCUAGCAUCUGUCUGGAGAAGUUGUUUCAUAAUUAUAGUUUCCUGCUUGUUACCUCGGUGUAAGGAGGUUUGUUAGAAGAGUUGUUACUGACUGUUUGUUACCUGAGUGUCAUUUCCUCAAGCCAUCCACCAACAUAAAUUCUCACAAGUAAGAGUUUUGGGUGGUUGUGUUUGAUACUUGCAAGGAAAAGGACUAUGCGUGUCCUUUCAGUUGUGAACUACAGUACUUGGCAGCAUGUGACUGAAAUUGCUUUUGUUGAAUAGUUACUCCACAGAGACCCUCAGCCUUUUUCUCCAUGUAAGAGUGGCACAGGUCUGAUGGGCCUUGCUAGCUUUGACCUUGCACAGCAAAACUGCAUGGCAGACAUAAAAACCUCAGCAGUACUGCUCUGUCACCAUUCGAUAAAAUCCCUUUUGCAGUGCUAAAUGGCACUCCAAGGUAUUUCAGAAGGGGUUGGUCCCACCUGCUGUAGUCCAGCUCUGGCCCAAAGGAAACGCUCGGGAUUUUUGCUGCAUGGCUGAGACUCCAGGCUCCCUGUGCAGUGUCUGCUGCAUCAUUCUGAGAUACUCAAGCCCCCAUUACCUCACGUGGUGGAGUGUUGACUGCAGCUUAUUUUGGUGCAUGUUAACUAAUGCCGGCAUGGGUUUUGUCAGGAGUGAUGGACAUGCUUUUGGCUAGUAAGGGCACAGUGCAUUGUGAUUAACUUUCUGAGUAAUAUCUCAGAGUGAGUGUAUUCAUUUUCCUGUGCAUUAGGGAAGUAGUGAAAUUUGUCAGUAGGUGUUUAGCUUUUAAUCUUGGAAGAUUUUAGACCAAGGCUUGGACUAUAAAUGAAAACAGUUGUCACCAGAACUGCUUUAUAUGACAACCACUGUCACUUAGCAUUCUGCAAAACAUGUCUGUCUGUGCAGUGUAGUACUGAGAAAGUGGAGAAACUUCAGCUUAAACCAGCAGAAAAACCUAUAUAUAAUAUUCAUAUAUAUUCAAUUGUUACGCAUAGGAUUAAUACUUCACUGGAAGGUUAUGUAUCAGGAUUGCAGUAAGCGUUAUCCAUUUUUGUUGUUGCUGAAAUUUCUGACUUAAGCCUCUUGGAGAAGAAGGGAAACUCAACCCAACAGAUAGCCUGACACUGAAGCAGUAUAGUUUCAGAAAUUUUUGUGAGGAAGAAUCUUUGAUCCUGUUUCUGUUUGAGCUUUGUUUUUCAAAUGAAAAAAUAAAUUGAGAUGAUUAUUUUUUAUUUUUUUCUGCAGCAUAGUUGAAUUCCUAAGGUUUACAAGUUGUAUCAGUUUACCUUUCAGAAGGGACAGAGUGGAAGGCAAACUUUGUCUCUGAUAAGAGUUAAACGUCUUUGAAAAUAUGUGCUGAAAGAAUUGAUAGGACUAAUUCUGUUGCUUCCAUAUUCAAAAAAUUAAUUUUGUUGUGUCAAUUAAAUGACCAUUUUUAGACCUUUGGCCUACCUGAAGUGUUAACAUAUUUAAUCUCAUGGCAGCUGUUGAAAUUUUUUUCUGCUAAUAAAGGUAAUUUUGUCCACACACUGUUUUCAUUCUA